CUCGCGCCACAAUAGAUAGCCGCGCUCCCUCCUCCCUCCACCUCCACCGACCUGCCCAUCGUGGAGCAGAUGGCCGGAAGCAUGGAGCGAGCUCUAUUCUUCGCGUGCGUGUGCUUGCUCGUCAACUCUGCCUGGGCAGAGGACCCGUACAGAUUUUUCGACUGGGACAUCUCCUACGGCGAAAUAAGCCCGCUGGGUGUUCCGCAGCAGGGAAUUCUGAUCAACGGCCAGUUCCCGGGACCAACGCUUGAGUGCAGGACAAAUGACAAUUUGAUCAUCAAUGUCCGCAACAGCUUGCCCGAUCCGUUUCUCCUCUCAUGGAACGGUUUGCAGCAACGCAAGAAUUCGUGGCAGGAUGGCGUGUCCGGCACCAAUUGCCCGAUCCCGCCGGGCCAGAAUUUCACUUACCGCAUGCAGGCCAAGGACCAGAUCGGCAGCUUCUUCUACUUCCCGUCGCUUGCGUUCCACAAAGCCGCCGGCGGCUUCGGCGCGAUCCGCAUCCACAGCCGCCCGCUGAUCCCCGUCCCGUUCCCCUCGCCGGCCGACGAGUUCACCGUGCUCAUCGGCGACUGGUACACCACCAGCCACAAGGCGCUGCAAGAUUUGCUGGACAGUGGAAAGGAACUGCCUCCCCCUGAUGGCGUCCUGAUCAACGGGAAGAGGAGUCCAAAUGGUUCAGAUUUCAACGUUGAGCAAGGGAAGACAUACCGAUUGCGCAUCUCCAACGUCGGUCUGCAGAGCACGCUCAACUUGCUCAUCCAAGAGCACUGCAUGACACUGGUCGAGGUGGAGGGCACCCACACGGUUCAGAACUCGUACACCUCCGUCGACGUCCACGCCGGCCAGUCGCUGUCCGUGCUCUUCACCGCCGACCGCUCCGCCAGGGACUACCGCGUCGUCGUCUCCACCCGUUUCACCGGCACCACCCUCCGCUCCACCGCCGUCAUCCGCUACGCCGGCUCGAGCGGCCCUGCUUUCGAGCCACUGCCCGCCGCCGCCGGGCCCAGCGACGACGACGUUGAUUUCUCCCUCAACCAGGUUCGCUCCAUCAGGACGAACCUGACGGCGAGCGCGGCGAGGCCAAACCCGCAGGGUUCGUACCACUACAGCUCCAUCAACGUGACCCGGACCGUCCGGCUGGCGAGCUCGGCGGGUCCGGCCGCUGGCGCCGGCGGCGGCGGCAAGCUGCGGUACGCCGUGAACGGCGUCUCGUUCGCGGAGGCCGACACGCCGCUCAAGCUGGCGGACUACUUCAACAUCAGCGGCGUGUUCCGGCUCGGUGGCAUCCCCGACGCGCCGCCGCCGGCCGCGGCCACGGGCGAGGUGCGGAGCGAGACGGCCGUCAUGGGCUCGGACCACCGGUCCUUCGUCGAGGUGGUGCUCGAGAACGGCGAGGACGGCGUCCAGAGCUGGCACCUCGACGGCCACAGCGUGUUCGUCGUUGGAAUGGACGUGGGGACGUGGAGCGACCGGAGCAGGGAUGGCUACAACCUUGUCGACGCAGUGUCGCGAUGCACCGUGCAAGUGUACCCGAGAGGGUGGACGGCGGUUUUGGUGGCGCUGGACAACGUGGGCAUGUGGAACAUGAGGUCGGAGGUGUGGGCGCGCCGGUACCUGGGCCAGCAGUUCUACCUUCGGGUGCACACGCCGACGCGCUCGCCCCGCGACGAGCUCCCCAUCCCGGGCAACGCACUCCUCUGCGGCCGCGCCGCCGCAGCCGGUCAAGGAUUUAGGAUUUAUGAUGUAUCUUAG